CCUGAUAAUCAGAUGUCUGUCUCCUACACUAUCAUUGUAUUGUGGCAGCAGAGGUAGGGUGCGCUUGAAAACAAAACAAUGCUAACUAACUUCAAGAAAAAUGUCCUUGUGCUAAUAGCUAUAGAAGUAGCACUGAGCUUUCGUGUUAUGGGUCCGUUAACAAAAAGUCCGAUGACUUGGAUAUAGAGGCGCUGAAGACGAUCGUAGAGCAACAAGCAGCUAGGAUGGCAACACUGGAGGGUGAGCUCACGGCUGUCAAGAACGAGGUCACGGUUAUCAAGAACGGACUCCCAAGGUCAUUUCAGCAAGUUGCUUUCACAGUUCGCUUUUCUACUGAUGAAAACCUUCACGGCAUCCUCAUCAGCUCUGGGCAGACUCUAAAAUUUGACAGUGUCAUAACUAACCUUGGCAACGCCUAUGAUGCAAGCACUGGAGUCUUCACGGCACCGAUAUCUGGACUGUACACAUUUCACCUGGUCGCCAUGGUUCCUCUUCAAGCCCGGAAUCUUGAUCUGGCUGUAAUAAAGGGCAGCAUCCCUGUAGACCACGUCUAUGCGAACAGUCAAAGCCCGGAUGCUCAGGGCUCGACCCAGUACACCAUACACCUUACUGCCGGUGAAAUGGUGUGGGUACAGCAAGUAGGGGGAGACGGUGUUAGAGGAGGUGACUGGACAGUCUUUACUGGAUACCUCCUAGCAGCUGACAAGCCUUCUUAAUAUCGUGAAGUUCGACCAAUGGCCUUUGACAUUCUUUGCAGUAAUAAUGCAACUUUUUUCCUGACUUCAUUCAACUAGACAUAUCUUGUCAACAUGAGACAAUCAGAGAAACCUUUUGAAUAAAAUAAACCUGUCUGUGA